GUGUGAAUUAAAUAAUUUCCAUUAAUUUACAGUGCUUGUAAAGUUUCGAUUAUGUAGUUAUUAGUUCCUUAAAGACAUUUCUCUGAAGACUCUUCACAAUAUUUUUAUUGAAUUAAAAUGGAUCCAUAUAAUCAAGAUUUUGGACUUGGCGAAGCAUUAGGCAGAAAUGAAAUUGAAACAUCAUCAAUAGAAUUCUCUGUAUUAACACAAGAAGAAAUUCUAAAAUUAAGUGUAAAAAAGAUAAGUACUUCAUUAACAUUCGACCAAUUAGGAUAUCCAAUUAAUGGUGGUCUCUAUGAUCUAGCACUAGGUCCAUUAUUAAAGAACGUAAAAGAUCAAAGUGACCCAUGUGCCACAUGCCAUAAAAACGUUUAUCAAUGUCCAGGACAUUUUGGACAUUAUGAGUUACCUGUUAUCUGUGUAAAUCCUUUAUUUUAUAGUUCGGUCGAAUUAUUAUUAAAGACCUCGUGUAUGACCUGUUAUCAGUUACAAUUUCCGUUAAAUAUUAAAAAAUUAUUUAUCCUACAAAUGAAAUUAAUCCAAGCGGGAUAUAUCAUCGAAGCACAAGAAAUAUCGAAUUAUAUGUUAACAGAUGAAGAAAAUGAUAAGGAAUCAAAAUCUUCUACUCCAAAUCAAUUAUUAAAAAAAUACCAUAGAUUAUUAGAAAAAAAUUCGAAAAACGAAUUUAAUAAUAAAAAUAUCGAAUCUGUUAAAAAUAGUUUUGUUAAAAAUUUAAUUCGUUCUAUGAAAUUAGGUAAAAAAUGUCGAUAUUGUAGUGCAAUGAUAAAAAAAAUUAGCACGUCUUAUCAUAAAAUUAUGAUUUACGAAUCAUUAGAAGAUCCUAAUAGUUCGGGACAUAUGGGACCAAGAAUGAUAAUGGCGGACGAAUCACAACAGAUACUUAGAAAAAUCUAUGGGAAUGAUCAUGAAAUUGUCUCUAGUCUAAUACCAAUUUUAGCUGGUAUUAAAAGCGAUUAUCCAACGGAUAUUAUGUUCAUUAAUGUUCUUCCAAUUUUGCCAUCGAUUGUACGACCCGUUAAUUAUUUAAACAAUCAAAUUGUUGAGCAUCCUCAAACACAAUUAUACAAGUACAUAAUUGAAUGCUCAUUGAUGAUUCGCUACAUCAUUCAAUUAUUACAAAGCGAUGGUGUAAAAGACGAAAAAAAUGUUCAAAUACAACAAGUUUUAAAUUUACCAGAUCUCAAGGAUAAAAAUAAAAUUUUAGAAAAGUUCCAUAAUCAAUGGCAAGAAUUACAAACAUAUAUUGAUUUUAUAAUGGACACAAGUUCAACAACAGCUCAAAAAUUACGUAAUAAAUGCGAGGGAAUUAAACAGAUAAUUGAGAAAAAAACCGGAAUUAUACGACAACAUAUGAUGGGAAAACGUGUUAAUUAUGCGGCACGAUCUGUUAUAACUCCAGAUCCGAAUAUAAAUAUUAAUGAAGUUGGAAUUCCUUUGGUGUUUGCAAAACAAUUAACAUAUCCGGUACGUGUAACGACCUAUAAUGUUAAUCAACUUCGAGAAAUGAUUAAAAAUGGUCCUGAUCAAUAUCCCGGUGCUGUUAUGGUUGAAAACGAAGAUGGUGUUUUAAAAUUAAUACCACAAGAUCCCAAUCAAAAAGAAUCGAUUGCAAAACGAUUAUUAGUCGCUACCGAUGAAGUCAUUUUGAAAGGGAAUAAUAAAAAUAAAAGAAAUUCAGUUAAAAUUAUUCAUCGGCAUUUAUUAAAUGGCGAUGUAGUUUUGUUAAAUCGACAACCGACGUUACAUAAACCAUCGAUACAAGGUCAUCAUGUACGAAUUUUAAAUUCGAUUAACAAUGAUAAAACAAUUCGUUUGCAUUAUGGAAAUUGUAAAGCAUAUAACGCGGAUUUUGAUGGGGAUGAAAUGAAUAUACAUUUACCCCAAAAUGAGUUAUCACACAGUGAAGCAAUUAAUAUUGUGAAUGUUUCAAAUCAGUAUUUGGUCCCGAAAGAUGGAACUCCACUAUGUGGUUUAAUACAAGAUCAUAUUAUUGCGGGAGUAAAAUUAACUAUACGAGAUAAAUUAUUUAAUAAAUUCGAUUAUCAACAAUUUAUUUAUCAUGCGUUAUCGAGUUUAUCACGCUCAAAUAAUAUUAAAUUAUUAUCACCUUGUAUCGUAAAACCACAAAAAUUAUGGUCAGGAAAACAGAUUAUAUCGACAAUUCUAAUAAAUUUAAUACCAACUCCGUACAUUAAUUUUACAAGUCAAUCGAAAAUUCGACAUUUUAACGACGAUUCCCAAAUUAUCAUUCGUAAUGGAGAACUAAUAUCUGGAAUUUUGGAUAAACAAUCGUAUGGAGCAACACCUUACAGUUUAAUACACGCAAUUUAUGAAUUAUAUGGUGGGGAUUAUUCCACAAAAAUUUUAAGUGCCUUUUCUAAAUUGUUUACGCUUUACUUACAAUGUGCGGAUAGUUUCACUCUAGGAGUUGCUGAUAUUUUGGUUAAAAAUCAAGAGAAUUCAAAACGAGAUGAAAUUAUUAACGAAUUACGGGAUGAAAUGAUUAACAAACAAAUUGUUUUAAAGUCUUUAAAUAGUUCUGAAACGGAUCCUUUAAUUGAUGAGGAUGAAUUAAAAUUACAAGUUGAAAAAUCGUUAGUGUUAAACGAUAAAUAUCGUAUGAUCUUAGAUCGAGAAUAUAAACACUCCUUAGAUAAAUAUACGAAUAAAAUUAAUAAGGCUUUAGUUCCAAAUGGUUUAAUUACAAGUUAUCCUGAUAAUAAUUUACAGUUAAUGAUUAAUUCAGGUGCAAAAGGUUCAAUGGUUAAUUCUAUGCAAAUAUCUUGUUUACUUGGACAAAUUGAACUUGAGGGAAAACGACCACCCUUAAUGAUUUCUGGAAAAAGUUUACCAAGCUUUAUUCCAUAUGAUUUUCAACCCCGUGCUGGUGGAUUUAUUGAUCAACGUUUUAUGACUGGUAUUCAACCUCAGGAAUUCUUUUUCCAUUGUAUGGCAGGACGUGAAGGUUUAAUUGAUACUGCUGUCAAAACAAGUCGUAGUGGAUACUUACAGCGUUGUUUAGUUAAACAUUUAGAAGGUUUAACUGUACAAUAUGAUUUAACUGUUCGAGAUUCAGACAACUCGAUUAUACAAUUCUUAUAUGGCGAAGAUGGUAUGGAUAUUUGUAAGGCACAAUAUUUAAAAGAUUUAAAAUAUUUCCAAUUUUUGGAUGAUAAUAAAGAAGUUUUUAAGAAUUUCGAUGCAAAUAUCGAUGAAGAAAUAAAAAAAUAUUUACAUCAGUUAAAAACAUGGGAUGGAAAAAAUCGUAAACCGGAUCCAAUUAUAUCAAAAUAUCAACCAGAUCAUUAUUUUGGUGCCUUAAAUGAAAAUAUGGAAGCUUUAAUAAAAAAAUAUACCGAAAAUAAAAAACACACCAAAGAGUUUUCAAAAAUGAUUAAAGCGAAAUGUCAACAAACGUUAACUGUUCCUGGAGAACCGGUUGGUAUGUUAGCCGCACAAAGUAUUGGUGAGCCGUCCACACAGAUGACAUUGAACACAUUUCAUUUUGCUGGACGUGGUGAUAUGAAUGUAACACUUGGUAUACCUCGUUUACGAGAAAUAUUAAUGACUGCAUCGAAAGAAAUUAAAACACCAAAUAUGGUUAUUCCAAUCAAUUCAAAUUUUACAGAUACGGAUGCGAUAGCGAAUUUAUGUAAAAAGCUAACUCGUUGUACAUUAGAUAAUAUUUUAAAUAAAAUUCAUAUUAAGUCAAAAUUAAAUGUUGUGGGGCGAAAUUACGAAUAUCAAAUCAAAUUUCAUUUUCUUCCUCAUAAACUAUAUUCGAAUCAAUUCUAUAUUAGAAGAAAAUAUGUGAUGAACUUUAUGGAAAAGAAGUUCUUCCCGAGUAUAUUUAAUGCUAUUUAUAAAGCUGCACAUAUCAAAACAUCUUUGAUAACGGCAACUUUAGAAAAUGACAAACCAAAAAAGAAAUCUAAUGCCGAAGAAGACGAGGAAGUAGGAAAUAAUGAAAAUGAUGCUAACUUCGAUGCUGAAGAAAUGAACAAUGAAGAUAAAGAACAAAAUUCAGAUGAUGAUUCUGAAAGUGAAAAUGAGGAAGAAAGUAAAUUUAAACGUAAUAAAUACAGUGAUGAUGAAUCGGAAGACGAAAACGUUGCUGAAGAUAAUUUAGAAAACACUACAGUGGAAAAGAAUAUUAAAACCGAAUUGACAGAAGAUGAUUUACAUCGUAGUAAAGUUGUCGAUUCGUUGAAUUUCGUUACGGAUUAUAAAUAUGAUCAAAAAUCAAAGCAAUGGUGUGAAUUAACAUUUACAUUACCGUUAACAUUUAAAAAUAUCGAUAUACAAGCUAUUUUAAAAGAUUUAUCGAUGAAAUCGAUAAUAUGGCAAACACCCUUAAUAAAACGAGCGAUUACUUAUAAAGAUGAACAAACUCAAGAGUUAAUUCUACGUACAGAUGGGAUCAAUAUUAACGAAAUGUUUAAAUACAAUCAUAUUUUAAAUCUAAAUAAAUUAUAUACAAAUGAUAUUCACAAGAUGGCAGAUGUCUAUGGUAUUGAAGCCGCUGCAUGUGUUAUUCGUAAAGAAAUUAAAGAAGUGUUUGGUGUUUAUGGAAUUAACGUAGAUUAUCGACAUUUAUCUUUGAUUAGUGAUUAUAUGACGUAUAAUGGAAUAUAUCAACCAAUGUCACGAACUGGAAUGGAAGAUUCGAUAUCGCCGUUACAACAAAUGUCUUUUGAGAAAUCGUUAGGAUUUUUGAAAAAUGCGAUAACGUUUGGUAAAUAUGAUUAUAUACAAACACCAUCGAGUUGUUUGAUGCUUGGAUCACCGUCACGCGUUGGAACAAAUGGAUCGUUUUCGAUAAUACAUGAUAUUACUAAAUAUUUGCAGUAAUGUUAUAAUUGAUAAGUUUAGAGAAAAGCGCGAUUUCUUUCCCCAUGUUUUAAGACGAGGGUUAAGCUCCACUGGAUGAACUUAAAAAGGAAAAAUAUUCAGUUCUGACUGAGAGUACAGAAAAAGAAUUAAAAUCAAAUUAACUAAAUAAAAAUAUCUGUUAGAAUUAUUGUUCUUCAUGGACUUUUGUGUAUAAAUAAUUAA